AUGCGGGGUGCCCCCAAUCAGCAGCUUCCCAAGUCAGCGAAACGGGAGAAUGCCCAUGGCAGACGUAAAUCGAACCCCCAGAGGCCCGGCUUGCUGGUCACCCAAAGUCCGGACUCGACGAUGCAGACGACGGCUAUGAGUGUCCCGAACAAUGCAGCGUCGAUCCAGCUGCCCAAUCCCCUCAAUCUGGACUACCUGCCGGAUGUGAUUCGAAUGCCUCAUCCCAAUGUGGGGGAUUUUAUGGACUGCGAAAAUCUACUGAUGCAGAUGGAAUCAUCCAUGGCCUCCAUCCCACCGGGUACGGAGAAUGACAAUGAGCGUUCAUGUCGGUCCUAUUCCCCCUAUACCACCCGGCUACCAGAAUCGUCGCCCACGGCAGUCAACCACAACCUUGAUCAGACACAGGCUCACCACUGCAAAUCCCACAGCACCUCCGCGCUACAUGAAAAUCAAAUGGCCCUGCCGAAUGCGCCCCCCUUGGUGCCUGACCCCCGCUUCCACUUGCCCUCUAGGUGUUGCUCCGAUGACAGUGGUCAUGUCGUCAAGCAAAAUUCCGACCAGGGCCCAGCAGCAUACGGCACGCGCGAUCAGGUAUCUUCUGUCCCAACAUGCUAUGCCGCCCGAGCCGAAUGCCCCUCUAUAUCGAGAUACACCCCAGACACGCAUGCUGCUCCGUCGCACGGCACCGCAAACUGCUCUCACCGGGCAUUCGAGUCCGGAACGGAUCGAGCAGACCUUGCCACGCUCCAGCUGCGACUGGAGAAAGCCUUAAUAUCCAUCGAGGAAGCCGGAUUUGCAUCGAUAGAGGAUCUUGUCACUGAUUAUUAUACUCGGCAGUUCUCCAAGGACACGACCCUCGCGGCCGCACAGUCCUACUCCCGCAGUAGACGCCUUCGCCACCUUCUCCAUGCACUGCAUGAGAAUACCCGGACCUGGAGUGAGCGCGAAGUGACCGGAUACCAGGAAUCCGUGAUCCGAGCAGCCGAGGAAAUACUUCGAAACGAGAUCCAGAAGCAGGUCUCCAAAAGCCGGCAAAAAAGACCACCGGAUGUGACGAAGGCUUCAGGCUAUAGUCAUUCCUUCGCCCACGGCCAUUCGUUGUCGCUUCCGAAUUAUAGCCUACCACUUUCGCCCUCCAUGCCUUCGCGCCGAAGCCCUGAGAUGGAGACUCUUCUCGAGAAGAUUCGUCGGAAUGCGCUGGCAUCCACCUUCACCCAAGAUAUUCCCCGCCUACAAGAAACUGUAAUUUGCCCGGAAUAUUUCUUUGUUGCACUCACCGUCUCCGUUAUGCCACCUUCUGCUUUUCUAACGACACGUUCUAUUUAG